AUGCCAGACACCGCUAAGAAGUGUCGAGAUGACAUGAUCAAAUGUGUCCAGCAUUUUAAGGUCCUCGUGCUGGUGGAUGGCCUCGACGAGUGGAAUACAGCAUCAAAAGCACUGGUCCAGGAUGUCUUAUGUAAUUAUAACUUUACUGUAGUCUGUACUACAAGGCCAGAGAGGGUGGACGACUUCUACAAAACUCUUCCACCUCACCUGGGAGCUGUCCAUUUACAACUUGUUGGUAUUCCUGCUAAAAGUCGUGGAACUUUAGCAGAGAAAUACCACAGAGAGCUGAUACAAGCUGGCAAGAGUACACAGAGUACACAAGAACUGGUAGAGUACCUGAAGAGUAUGCCACGUCAUCUCCAAGAGUACCUAAGAUUGCCCAUGAACCUGGUAAUCUUAACUCUCAUAUGGGCCGAAGAUCCAAGUACUGUAAAGAAUAUGACAACGGCCACACAACUGUACAGUAAAGUGAAGGAUAUGACGACAGAAAAAUUAGUGAAACGACUGAUAGAUAAACCAGACACAGUUAUAUCUGCUAGUAGUGUGAAGAGAAAGGUUGAAAAGAUCUUUAAAGUGAUGUGUCGAGAAUCCCUUGUAAGCCUAAAAUAUGACUCAUUAAAUGUGUCACAAGAGAUGACAGACAACCUUGAACAAACAUGUCGAGGUGUUAACAUUCUGCUCGAGGAAGUUAUCGGCGCCUUCCUCAUCACGAGCAACACUUACCCUUUCUGUGCAGCAGUUAAGUCAUGCCUUAGUUUCCCCCACAAGGGAGUUCAGGAUUUCUACAGCGCCUUGCAUAUAAGGGACUCGCUUCAGGGAGACAGGCCAAAUAUGUCUCAAGGUCCCCGCACCAUCAGGGAGGUCCUGCAGGAGCUACACAAGGAUGACCCGUCGUCUCUUACUCUGACCAAAUACCAGAACGUUCUGGUUCAUCUAACUGGCAUUUUAUAUGUUGACGGCGGAGGAGAGGUAAAGGAAGACAAGGCAGAAGAACUGGUCCGCCUUCUCCACUCUUCCGGUAUGACAGACGAGAGUCAGUGGGAAGACCUGAUAAAUGACGUGAAGUGUGACGCUACCUUGUGUAAAUACGUCGCUAAACAUAUUCCACAUUUGGUGACAGGUGACAUACAGGUCACAGAUAGCAGUGUGUCAGUCUACACCACUCUACUCCCUCUUGGUCGACCAGACCAGAUAAUCGUAAGUAUUGGUGGAGACCCAGACAACAUUCCCCACAUGGUCGACCUGAUGAAGGUGGUGGCUGCGUGUAACAACUGUGUAGUAGACAUACAUAUGCACUAUCACUUCAGGCACCCAGACACCUGCAGCCCCUCUCUUGACUCAGCUCUCCAAGACGUCUUUAAAAGCUGCAGGCGUCGGGUGAGGUGGUUCACGGGUCAGCUGAGUGGUGCUGCUGUUAGGUCGCUGCCACACACCGUGAGGGGCCUCCGCCUGGUGAUAACUGACAAGGACCCCGACCUGGCCCCGGCGGUGACCUCUCUGUGGCCACGUGUACGACUGAACUGGCUCGAGCUGCAUGUACCCGCGGGGGUUCCUCCAGCACUACUGCCUGGCUCCCCGCCACACGCUGAAUGGCUUGAUCUGUUCCUCUCCGGGGUUGAUGCUGCACACAUAGACUGGGCAGUCCAGGUGUCUCAACAACUACAGGCAGUUAACAGGUAAGAUACAGACUCCUACU